AUGUAUCAUAUUACAUCACAAUUAUUGAUUCGUACAUUUAAGGGUUAUGAAAAGAAAAUUAUGAUUAUUAAAAGGAAAGAAAAAACUAUUAAUUUAGGUCAUGAAAGACGUGUCACAUCCAUAUCUGUUAGCUGUAAUGGUGCAUUUUUUGCAACAACAUCAACAGAUUGUACUGAUGAAGCAGUACAUGUGAUGAAACCACAUAAAGGUCGAGUAACAUGCUCAUUGAUAACUUCUGAUUGCAAAUAUAUUAUCACCGGUGGUACUGAUUCAUGUGCUAAUGUAAUUUCAGUGGAAAACUGGGAAGUUGUACAAUCUUUCAAAGAUCAUACAGGAACGAUUGUUUCAUUAGCGCUUGCAUCAAAUGAUGAAUUUCUGGUUACCGGAUCCGGCGAAUUUGUCGUUAUAGUUUGGAAUUUAUCAACGGGUGAAUUAGCUGUCCGAUUGGCUGGUCUGAUGGCACCGGUAUCGUGCAUUACAAUGACCAGCAAUGAUGCAUUUGUGAUAGUUGCAUGUAAAGAUGAAACGUUAAAAGUAUUUGGAACAGUAUCCGGUCAAGAAUUACAUGAAUUAUCGGGUCAUGAUGGGAAGGUUGUUUCAAUGGUUGCAGCAUAUGAUGAUUGCCAACUUUUUGCUGCAACAUUUGCAAAGAUUUAUGUUUUUGAUAUACAUAAUGGGAAACUUUUGGAUGUCCUGAAUUGUAUCAAUAGACAACCGGUCACAUCGCUUAAAAUUACGAAUGAUAAUUAUUUCUUGCUAUCAGCAUGUGGUGAUCGAAUUAGUAUUUGGAAUAUUCAACAUCAAGAUCAUGAAAUAAAUACCAAACAUGGAAGAGAAAUUAUAACGGAUAUAUGCAUGUCACCGGAUGAGAAAAGUGCUGCUUGUACAACAAAUGAUGGUGUUAUAGCAUUAUGGGAUUUAGAAAUAUGUCAAUGCAUUUGUACCAUGAUUCAGAAACGAUCAGUACCAGUACUUCGUAUAAAAUUUUCCAUUAAUUCAGUUUAUUUGUUAAGUGGUGAUGCCGAAGGUCAAAUUAAUAUUUGGAAUUCAAGCAAUGGAAAAUUGAGACGAAUCCAUCAUAGCAAAGCUAUAGACUCAAUAUUUUGCUUAUCUGAUGGCUUUCGAAUAUUAUCUGUUGAUCAGUCUAGCAUUGUGCUCAUAUGGAAUUUAUUCGGUGCUGAUGAAACAUUUCAAGCAGAUCGAAUUCUUGCAUUCACCGGUAUUCAACCACCAAUUUUUCUAUUACCAGAUAACACUCAUCUAAUUGGAUAUCUUCCAACUAGUAAAAAAGAGUAA